AUGGCGUGCCCAAGAUUGUUAAGUGAUAAUGAUUUAUGUAGAUUUAGAACAAAGCCUUGUAGAAGGUCAAAGCAAAUGGGGUGUGAUUUUGGAAUUACUAGAUGUCAGUAUUCUCACAAUAUUUAUUGGCCGAGAAGAUGCCCUUUUUACCUCUCAAACCAAAGUACUAUAAGAUAUAUUCCGGUUUUGUGUCCUGAUAUCAUUAUUAAAGAAGAUGAAAGCUCAAUUUCUCAUUGUAAUAGGGGCGGUGGGUGCCCUUUUGCUCACUCUUAUGAAGAAAUUAAUUAUCAUCCUUUAAUGUACAAGACUAAGAUUUGUGAGCAAUUUCAACGUGGAGAUUGUAAUACUUACUAUUGCCAUUUAAUUCAUGGUUUGGCUGAGAGACGAGAAUCUAAGGUUUAUUUACUUCCAUAUACUCAAAAUAUUCAGGUUCCUAAUUUUCCUGGAGUUUUAAUUGCAAAUAGGGUUAGCAAGCCAUUUGUUACUAACAAUCAAUUAAGUUAUCAAGCUCAAAAACCUCUAACUAAUAACGAAAACAUUUGUAACAACCAAGGGAAUGGCUUUGCAAUAAGAAGGAGUAAUUUUGAAAAUAUGAUUUCUGAUAAAUGGAGUGAGAGAAUAUUUUCUCAAAAUAAUAAUGGUGAUGACUUUUGGAAACCUACUGAAAAUGACGAAAUAACUACUAUGGAUUCUAUAUCUAAGCCAGAGUGUGAAAAUAACUGUGAUAAUUUGAAAACAUCUAAAUUAGGCACCAAAACAGCUUUACAUGCAUUAAAUCAAGUAGAACAUGAUAAAUCUAUCCACGAAAAAAUAAAAAAUGAAAAUAUUCUGAAUGUGUUUAGAGCAUUUGUACUAGAAGAUAAUGAUAUGUUAACGGCUCAAAAUGAUAGUUGCAGAGUUCAAACAAUUACAUCCACACUUUCCAAUAACAAAAUUCAACAACUAAAAGUUAAGCAUGAAAAUCACCAAGUACAAGACCACAACAAAAAUUUCACUCCCAUAAUUGAGGACUCAGAUUUGAUUAAAAAUAACGAAAAUUCAAAUACUAGCAAUUUUUUUGAAUAA